AUGGAAAUUAAUGGAGUUGUAAACUCCCCCAGCUUCAGUGUAAUGCAGGAGAAUAAUUCUUCGAGUGAAGCUCUCACCAGCAGCUCCACCGCCGCCGUGUCACCUCAACGCUUCACCAGCACCAAUCCAUUUUUAUCUCCUACGUCUCCGACUUACCUGAACCCCAAUCCCUACCGCUAUUCCUCGCUUUUCCCGCAGAACUACUCACCAAAUUCUCCCUCUGAAACCGCCUCGUUUGACGGCGGUGAUAUUUCCGCCACCGAACAGAGCCUCCACGAGGCUAGCCGCAUCCUCGAAUAUCAGCAGCUCUAUAAUCGCCACACCGUCUGCCUUGCUCGCCUCCACGAGUAUAUCAAUGAAGUUGAUUCCCUCCGCUGCGAGAACAACUCUCUCCGCCUGUCCAACGCUGAUCUCACCCGCCGUCUCACCCUCCUUGUCAACCAGAAUUGCCUUCUCUCUGAUUUCAACCGCCUCAACAUCGUCCCUUCCUCCACCGUCUCCUUUCCUACAUACGCCACUCACGUGACCUCUUCUCAACCUCUUAUAGAGGAGAAUGGCACGCAAAGGACUCCGGAACGAGUCACAAUUCCGAAGAGUAUCUCGGUGCGUUCCAGAGGCUAUCUGAAGACUCGACCGGAUCAAGAUGUGACUCGCCAACAAGUAGCUGGUGAACCUGGUCUUGCAUCGCAACGAGUGUUCGUACCAGGGAGUAAAAGGGAAGAGGAAGCACUGGAAUUUGAAGUGUACAACCAGGGAAUGUUCAAAACAGAGCUGUGCAAUAAGUGGCAGGAGACAGGUGCAUGUCCUUACGGGGACAAUUGCCAGUUCGCGCAUGGAAUCAAGGAGCUGCGUCCAGUGAUAAGGCACCCUCGCUACAAGACUGAGGUUUGCCGUAUGGUUCUUGCGGGAGACAUCUGUCCCUAUGGCCACCGCUGCCAUUUCCGCCACGCACUCACAGAGCAGGAGCGGCUCAUGGCGAUGGCACCCGCACCGCGUUAG